CGUGACAGCGCCAAAGACAAAAACAUCACCCCUCCCCAAUUCCAACCCUCUCUCUGCCUCACAGAAAUCUCCCCCCUCGCCCAAACCCUCGCCGCCGCCAUGGCCGCCGCCACCUCCCCCGCCGUCGCAUUCUCGGGCGCCACCGCCGCCGCCAUGCCCAAACCCGCCCGCCAUCCUCUCCCGCGCCACCAGCCCGUCUCGCGCCGCGCGCUCCCCGCCCGCGUCGUCAGGUGUUGCGCCGCGUCCCCCGCCGCCACCUCCGCCGCGCCUCCCGCAACCGCGCUCCGGCCCUGGGGCCCGUCCGAGCCCCGCAAGGGCGCCGACAUCCUCGUCGAGGCGCUCGAGCGCUGCGGCAUCGUCGACGUCUUCGCCUACCCCGGCGGCGCCUCCAUGGAGAUCCACCAGGCGCUGACGCGCUCGCCCGUCAUCACCAACCACCUCUUCCGCCACGAGCAGGGGGAGGCGUUCGCGGCGUCCGGCUACGCCCGCGCGUCCGGCCGCGUCGGCGUCUGCGUCGCCACCUCCGGCCCGGGGGCCACCAACCUCGUCUCCGCGCUCGCCGACGCCCUCCUCGACUCCAUCCCCAUGGUCGCCAUCACGGGCCAGGUCCCCCGCCGCAUGAUCGGCACGGACGCGUUCCAGGAGACGCCCAUAGUGGAGGUCACGCGCUCCAUCACCAAGCACAACUACCUGGUCCUUGACGUGGAGGAUAUCCCCCGCGUCAUCCAGGAAGCCUUCUUCCUUGCAUCCUCUGGCCGCCCGGGGCCGGUGCUAGUUGAUAUCCCCAAGGACAUCCAGCAGCAGAUGGCUGUGCCCGUCUGGGACACUCCAAUGAGUUUGCCAGGGUACAUCGCCCGCCUGCCCAAGCCACCAUCUACUGAAUCGCUUGAGCAGGUCCUGCGUCUGGUUGGCGAGUCACGGCGCCCAAUUCUGUAUGUUGGUGGUGGCUGCGCUGCGUCUGGCGAGGAGUUGCGCCGCUUUGUUGAGCUUACUGGGAUUCCAGUUACAACUACUCUGAUGGGCCUUGGCAACUUCCCCAGCGACGACCCACUGUCUCUGCGCAUGCUUGGGAUGCAUGGCACUGUGUAUGCAAAUUAUGCAGUAGAUAAGGCUGACCUGUUGCUCGCAUUUGGUGUGCGGUUUGAUGAUCGUGUGACUGGGAAAAUCGAGGCUUUUGCAAGCAGGUCCAAGAUUGUGCACAUUGACAUUGACCCAGCUGAGAUUGGCAAGAACAAGCAGCCACAUGUCUCCAUUUGUGCAGAUGUUAAGCUUGCUUUACAGGGGUUGAAUGAUCUAUUAAAUGGGAGCAAAGCACAACAGGGUCUGGAUUUUGGUCCAUGGCACAAGGAGUUGGAUCAGCAGAAGAGGGAGUUUCCUCUAGGAUUCAAGACUUUUGGCGAGGCCAUCCCGCCGCAAUAUGCUAUCCAGGUACUGGAUGAGCUGACAAAAGGGGAGGCGAUCAUUGCCACUGGUGUUGGGCAGCACCAGAUGUGGGCGGCUCAGUAUUACACUUACAAGCGGCCACGGCAGUGGCUGUCUUCGUCUGGUUUGGGGGCAAUGGGAUUUGGGUUACCAGCUGCAGCUGGCGCUGCUGUGGCCAACCCAGGUGUUACAGUUGUUGACAUUGAUGGUGAUGGUAGUUUCCUCAUGAACAUUCAGGAGUUGGCGUUGAUCCGCAUUGAGAACCUCCCAGUGAAGGUGAUGAUAUUGAACAACCAGCAUCUGGGAAUGGUGGUGCAGUGGGAGGAUAGGUUUUACAAGGCCAAUCGGGCGCACACAUACCUUGGCAACCCAGAAAAUGAGAGUGAGAUAUAUCCAGAUUUUGUGACGAUUGCUAAAGGAUUCAACGUUCCAGCAGUUCGAGUGACGAAGAAGAGCGAAGUCACUGCAGCAAUCAAGAAGAUGCUUGAGACCCCAGGGCCAUACUUGUUGGAUAUCAUAGUCCCGCAUCAGGAGCACGUGCUGCCUAUGAUCCCAAGCGGUGGUGCUUUCAAGGACAUGAUCAUGGAGGGUGAUGGCAGGACCUCGUACUGAAAUUUCGACCUACAAGACCUACAAGUGUGACAUGCGCAAUCAGCAUGAUGCCCGCGUGUUGUAUCAACUACUAGGGGUUCAACUGUGAGCCAUGCGUUUUCUAGUUUGCUUGUUUCAUUCAUAUAAGCUUGUAUUACUUAGUUCCGAACCCUGUAGUUUUGUAGUCUAUGUUCUCUUUUGUAGGGAUGUGCUGUCAUAAGAUGUCAUGCAAGUUUCUUGUCCUACAUAUCAAUAAUAAGUACUUCCAUGGAAUAA